GCUGAGCCUGUACUCGUUUCCCGACCUACAUAUGCGCGCCUCCUCCCCGCGAGGAUCCGGGGUAGCCGCGGCCAGCCCCUGACCCGGAGCGCUGAGGACACUUGGCUUUCGCCGGGAGCGCCCCCCCCUUCUCUGGGCCUCAGUUUGCCCCGCUGUCGAGUGGGGUCAAAGCCCGAAAGCGUUGGGGACGCUGCAGCCUGUGCCCCUCCUCCGAGCCUGGAAAUGCAGCCCACAGCCACCAUGGCCACGGCCGCCACCACCACGGCCACCACUGCUGCCCUGACCACGACGUGGGACAACACCACCAGCCGCCCCACUGCGGAGCCCGACCCCAUCCGGGACAACUACGUGCUGCUGGUGGUGGUGAUGUCGCUGUUCGUUGGGGGCACGCUGGUGGUGCUGUCGGGCGUGCUGCUCCUGUGCAAGCGCUGCUGGGAGGUCCACCGGCGCCUCAACAGAGCGGUGGAGGAAGCAGAGAAGACCACCACCACCUACCUGGACAAUGGCACUCACCCAGCCCCAGACCCUGACUUCAGGGGGGAGGACCCCGAGGGCCAGGAUGCCGAGACGGAGCGCUUCCUGUCCACCGGCUCCACCGGCCGCCGCGUGUCCUUCAACGAGGCCGCCCUGUUUGAGCAGAGCCGGAAGACACAUGACAAGGGCCGCCGGUACACCCUGACGGAGGGGGACUUCCACCACCUCAAGAACGCCCGGCUCACCCACCUGCACCUGCCACCCCUCAAGAUCGUCACCAUCCACGAGUGUGACUCGGGCGAGGCCAGUGCAGCUGCCACCCCCCACCCCACGGCCACCCCCAAGGCCAGCCUCGCCAUAUUCCAGCCCCCGGGGAAGGCCCUCACUGGCCGCUCCGUGGGCCCCAGCUCCGCCCUGCCAGGUGACCCCUACAACUCCGCCGUGGGCCCUGCCGACUUCGAGAUCAGCCCCUCGGUGUCCAGCGACUCUGGGGAAGGCCCCUCGCUGGACUCGGGUGCCAGGGGCGCCAAGCCCGCGGGGCCGGGGGCGGCAGCGGGGCCUGGGGAGGCCGGCCCAGUCCUGCAGUUCUUUACCCGCCUGCGGCGCCACGCCAGCCUAGACGGGGCCAGCCCCUACUUCAAGGUCAAGAAGUGGAAGCUGGAGCCCAGCCAGCGGGCGUCCAGUCUGGACACGAGAGGCUCCCCAAAGCGGCACCACUUCCAGCGGCAGCGGGCAGCCAGCGAGAGCACGGAGCAGGAGGACGCAGAUGCCCCCCCAGUGGAUUUUAUCCAGUACAUCGCCAGCGCGGGCGACGCCGUGGCCUUCCCGCCCCCCCGCCCCUUUCUGGCCAGCCCCACCAGCCCGCCCCCCACUCUUGGCAGGUUAGAGGCGGCGGAGGAGGCGGGCGCCGCGGGAGGAGCGAGCCCCGAGUCCCCACCGGAGUGCGGCGGCGGCGGCGGCGGCGGCGGCGGCGCGGGGCCUGAGCAGCAGCAGCAGCAGCAGCAGCUGGAGUCGGAUGGCGAGCGGGACGCGGGGCCGGAGCAGACCCAGACCAUCUACCACGACAUCUGGAGCCUCCGCGCCUCGCUCGAGCUGCACGCGGCCGCCGCCUCGGACCACAGCAGCAGCGGCAACGACCGUGACUCCGUGCGCAGCGGCGACAGCUCGGGCUCCGGGGGCGCCGCGCCCGCCUUCCCGCCGCCCUCGCCGCCGCCCACGCCGCGGCCUGCGGACGUCGAGGCGGGCGGGCCGCGCAAGCUGCUGCAGAUGGACAGCGGCUACGCCAGCAUCGAGGGCCGCGGCGCGGGCGACGACGGGCCGCCCAGCGCCUCCGAGAAGCGCUCCUCCUUCACCAGCGCCGGCCGCGUGGCCACAGUGGGCAGCAGCUUCGAGGUGGCCCCGACCUCCGCCCCCGAGGCGCCCCCGGAGGCGCCCGCCCGGCCCCGCAGCCCGCGCGCCUGGCCCCGCCGCGCCCCGCGCCGCGACUACAGCAUCGACGAGAAGACGGACGCGCUCUUCCACGAGUUCCUGCGCCACGACCCGCACUUCGACGACGCGCCCCCCGCCGCCGCGCGCCACCGCGCACGCGCGCAUCCGCACGCGCGCAAACAGUGGACGCAGCGCGGCCGGCAGCACAGCGACCCUGGGGCGCGCGCCGCGACCACCGGCCCGCCCGGCGCCGACCCCCGGCCCACGCGCGCGCCCCUGCGCCGCGGAGACAGCGUCGACUGCCCGCCCGACGGCCGCGCGGACGACCCGGCCGCCUCUGCCGCCCCCGCCAUCCCCGCCAUCGAGGAGGAGCCCGGCGGCGGCUGCCCAGGCUCGGGCCUGUGCGCCACGCCCCCGGGCGCGCUGCUGGACAAACUGGCGGCGGGCCUGGAAGACAGACUCUUCCUGCCGCGCCUCGUGCAACCCGUCGCCGCGGUCCCCGCGCUGGCCGCCGCCGCGCCCACGUCCCCCGACCACAGCCCAGCCUAAGCCCCGCGCCCUGCGCCCACUUGUCAGCUUCGCCGACGCCGCGCGGGGCCCCCGCGGCGGGACACACCUGGGGCACGACGCCCGGCGCACGUGCGCUGGGACCCCGGUGGCGGGGCCCUGCGCAUGCGCGCGCUGUCCCGGACGACCGCGCCCGCCCAGAUGCGCAGGCGCACAUCCUCGCGACGAGGUCGCCGCGCCGCCCCCAGGUGCGCAUGCGCACAGUCCCUUCCAGGCACGAGGCUUGGUGCGUGGGGCGUCGCGAGGCUCGAGGACCCCAACUCGACUGGAGGAAGCGUGGCAGAUUGCCCUUGGGCUCCUGAGGACCACGUUCAACUGCCCUUGGCCACAGACAGCGGCCUCUGGAUGGUGGCGGGGGCCACCGUGCGUACCGCACCACGUCUCAAGCGCACAGACACAGGAGGCGCAUGUGCAGGGCCUGCACCCGCAAGGGCCAGACCAGUCCGAGGGCGCGAGGCGCAUGCGCAGAGCGGCCCUCCCAGGGCCAACUGAGCCUCGACGUGCGUGUGGUCUGCACGCGCUGGAGUCCACGAGGAGUCCCGCGGGGCGCUGAGCAUCCGCGAGGAGCGCGCCGGCCGCCGGGUGGGAGGUUGGCUGGAGGCCGUGGCUGCCAGCCCCCCAAAGCCCCGGAGCCGUUUACCUCACCGCGGCGCGUGCUCGCGGCAGUCCGCGCCCCCUCCGAGCAAUAACCGUGCCCGCCGCCGCCCCGCCCGCCCGCCCGCGCCCCCGCGCCCGCCCUCCGCAUGCGAGCGGGCCGCCGUCCAAAGAGCCGCCGGUCCCGAGACUCACACAACCCAGCGGCCGGUUCAAGUUUCCCAAGCUUUAUUUAUUGCCAAAAGAUGGGGCGGCCCCGCCCGCCCGAGCUCCGCGCCGUCUGUCCGUCCGUCGUGUCCCAUUCUCUGGUUGGUUAUAAAUGUCACUGCGCACGCUGGCUCGCUCCGGCUCUUCUCUGGGGACCCGGGAGCGCGCAGCCUCGGGGGAAGAGGGCCGGGGUCCUGCCGGCAGGCCCUGGGGCGGAGCUUCGGGGGGCCGGGUCGCCCAGGAGGGCAGCAGGCCGGGCGUGCCCAAAGGCAGCCCCGCGGCGGAGGC